AUGUCUCUGGUCGAGAACUUGUCCGACUUCUCGUCUCUCUCCUCGCCUCUGCCUCCCGCUCCUGACGAUGACCUCUUCACCGAGCAACAGCUGGACACGCUCUUCUCGAUCCUGGAGGUCUUUGUGCCGUCGAUCCCCAUCUCCGCCACCUCGAAAGCCGGCCACCCUACAGAGUUCGACGAGGCCCUUGCGAAACUAAAGCCGUAUCAGCCAGAAGGGGCCUCUGAAGAUGUCGCACGAGCCUAUCUGCGCGAGGAUGCCGUCUCACAUCCUGACUUCAGAGAGACUGUGGUGCGGAAAUUCAAGCUCACCGUCCCCGCUUCCGACUCGCAAGGACUGGCCUUUCUUCUCUCCCUGCUCAAUUCCUCCGUGGGCUCCUACCUCCUGACAGGAUACACCACGCCCCUUCACAAACAAGACCUCGAAACCCGUUCGAGAAUAAUCUGUGGGUGGUCCAGGUCGAGGUUACCACUCCUAAGAGGAGUAUACAAGUCCCUCGGCGGCCUAGCGAAACAAGUUUGGGUUGCUACGUCUCCCGGUCUGUACCGCUUUCUCGACUUCCCCAGUGUCCCCAAGCAUAUCGAGCGCAACCCAAGCUUCGAUUUCAAAUUCUACGACUUCACCCCUCCGUCAACAUCCACGACCCUCUCAACUGAUGUCGUGAUUGUGGGAUCAGGGUGCGGCGCCGGCGUCGUCGCCUCGCACCUGUCCCGCGCAGGCUUGGAAUGUCUGGUCCUCGAGAAAUCCUACCACUUCCCCUCGACACACUUCCCUAUGUCUGCCGCCAACGCUGGCGAGCACUUGAUGGACAAUGGCGGCAUAUAUCUCUCAGAUGAUGCGUCUGUUGCCAUCUUGGCCGGGAGCACGUUCGGUGGUGGCGGCACAGUCAACUGGUCAGCCUCGUUGCAGCCACCACGACCGGUGCGCGAGGACUGGGCGGCCGACAACCUCCCUCACUUCUUGGGAGCAGAAUACCAGGACUGUCUCGACACAGUGAGUGAGCGCAUGGGCGCCGCAAGGACCACCGACCCCGAGGCCCUCCAAAAGAUUGAGCACAACUUUGCCAACAGGACACUCCUCGAAGGGUCCCGCCGCCUCGGGAUUGCCGUGCAGAUUGUGCCCCAGAACACGGCGUCCAAGCGCCAUUUCUGCGGCUACUGCAUGUACGGAUGCGCCAGCGCGACCAAGCAAGGGCCCGCGAACUACUGGUUCCCCGACGCGGCGGCCCACGGCGCCGAGUUCAUCGAGGGCUGCUGGGUCGAAGAGAUCGUCUUUUCCGAGAGGAACGGCAUCAAGACGGCCACGGGGGUCAAAGCCACAUGGACGUCCCGCGACCGCAAGACCUCGCGACAACUCACCAUCUCGGCCCGACGAGUCAUCGUGGCCGCUGGAACUCUACAAUCACCCUUGGUCCUCCUGCGUAGCGGACUGAAGAACCCGCACAUCGGAGCGCAUCUGCACCUCCACCCGACGAGCACCGUGUGGGCGACGUGGCCGCAGCGGACCAACCCGUGGGAAGGCGCGAUCCUGACUGUGGCCAUGACGGGGCUCGAAGACCAAGACGGCAAACACCACGGGCCCAAGGUCGAGGUCAUCUGCGCGACCCCGGGAUUCGGCCUGCUCACCCUGCCCUUCCGGCCCAAGCACGCCCUGAACGCCAAACCGGGGGAGAGCGCACUGUCAGCUGCCAUCGAAUGGCGUCUCAGCGCCGCUAAGCACGGCUUCUCGACGGGCUUCGUCUGCAUCACCCGCGACGCCGACACGGGCAGGGUAUACCUCGACCCCAAGGACACGACGCGUCGACGGCCACGGAUCGCGUACACGCCCUCGGCGCGCGACCGACGACACCUGCUGGCCGGCGUCGUGGGCGGCAUGCAAGCGGCCUUUGUCAUGGGCGCAUUGGAGAUCGACUCGGGCCACCCGUCCGUCGAUCGCUGGGUGCGGCCGUCGCACGCGCAAUCCACAUCUAUACCUACCACGGACGACGACGAAACAUCUUUUGCCUACUUCGUCGACGACGUCCGCCGCGCGUGGCUCGCUGACCCGGGCGUCCUGGCCGCAGGCUCCGCCCACCAGAUGGGCUCAUGCCGCAUGGCGUCGUCCCCGAAAACCGGCGUCGUGGACUCCAACGGCAGGGUCUUCGGCACCGAGGGCCUGUACGUCGCGGACGCGAGUGUCUUUCCCUCAGCGAGCGGCGUGAAUCCCAUGGUCAGCACCAUGGGCGUUGCCGAGUGGAUUGCCAGGGGCAUCGUGAGGGAGGUCAAGGGUGCGUGA